UCAUGCUGCUGCCAGGUCCACAGUGUCUCAUGGGUCCCUGUACCGCCUCCCAUUGCUGCUGUCUCCAUCGCCACACUCUGCCAUGUGCCACUUUUCAGGUCUCCUCACACACUCCCACACUGCUGGUGGGUUUCCAUUUUGUCAUAGGGUGUGUCAUGGGUCCCUGUACGCCUCCCAUUGCUGCUGCCAGGCCCGUAAUCUGCCAUGAGCCCCCGUACCGCCUCCUCAUGCUGCUGCCAGGUCCAGAGUGUCUCAUGGGUCCCUGUACGGCCUCCCAUUGCUGCUGUCUCCAUCACCACACACUCUGCCAUGUGCCACUUUCAGGUCUCCUCACACUGCUCGUGGGUUCCAUUUUGUCA